UCAAUCUAGCAGCAGCCUUUAGGCCCAAGAAAUUUGAGAAGAGAACUGAGGUCCCUUCUGCACUACCAUAUAAUCCAGUUCAAAGCAGUUAAUCUGGAUUUUAUAUGGCAGUGUAGAUGGGGCCUGUGUUAAUCCUAGGGGAAGCACUAUAAUUGCAUACAAAAUAGUUUUUUGUUAGUCUUGUGAUGUUGCAAAAAUUGUUCUACAUUUAUUUGGUGCAUUCUCCAGGAAAAUACAAUAUAUAUAGGUAGAUGUCAAAUGUAUGUGGUAAUGUAACAAUAACAAUAUCAAAUCUUUAUUUAUACCCUGUCACCAUCUCCCCGAAGGAACUCGGGGCGGCUCACAAAAGCACUCCAAGUGCUGCACGUAGACAAUAAUACAUAAGUAUAAACACAGUGACAUAAGUAUAAAAACAACGCACAUAAAAUCCCAAUUAAUAAAGUUAUAAAAAUUAUAAAAUUUCCUAAAAUGCAGUAAAACCUGCGAAUAAAGCUGGCUAUCUGCAGUAACAAAUCAAAGUGCGAAGUGACAUAAUCGGUGGGUCGUCAAGCUGACUAUAGAUUACACACAGUCAAAGGCCUGUCUGAAGAGCCAUGUUUUAAACUCCCCUAAAAGGCUUGAAGACUGGGGAAUAAUCAAAUUUUUUUAGGGAAGGUAUUCCAGAGCCGGGGAGCCACCACUGAGAAGGCCUUCUCGUCCCCACCAGCCAUACUUGAGACGGUGGUGGGUCCAAGAGAAGGGCCUCCCUAGCAGAUCUCGAUGCCCACGCUGGCUCAUAGAAGGAGAUGUGAUCUUGAAGAUAGGUUGGACCUGAAGCGUAUAGGACUUUAUAGCACCAUGGAUGCACGUUUUACCCGUGGAAAGUCUGCUAUCCUUGAGCGGUCACUAACUCGACCCAAGACAGACAUCAGCCUCAGUGCCUUUUCACUGCUGUUUUCUGAGAUUGUGCAGUACUGCCAGAACAGGGUCUACUCUGUUUCAGAGCUGCAGAACAAACUUUCUGAACUGGGUCAGCAGGUGGGAGCCCGUAUCUUGGAUGUGCUUGUGAUGCGGGAGAAGAAUGGCAAGAGGGAGACCAAAGUCAUUAACAUACUGCUCUUCAUCAAGGUGACUGUGUGGAAGGCUCUUUUUGGGAAGGAGGCUGACAAGCUGGAACAAGCCAAUGAUGACGAUAAGACCUACUACAUCAUCGAGAAGGAGCCUCUCAUCAACACUUACAUCUCAGUUCCCAAGGAGAAUAGCACUCUGAACUGUGCCUCCUUCACAGCUGGCAUUGUGGAGGCCAUGCUGACUUGCAGUGGCUUCCCUGCCAAAGUCACAGCCCAUUGGCACAAGGGCACCACCCUCAUGAUCAAAUUUGAUGAGUCAGUUAUUGCCCGAGACAAAGCUCUGGAUGGCCGCUGACUCCAUCCAAUGUGAAGCAAUCUGAAAUGUUGUAUAUAUGUACUUAUUAUUCAAAAAUAAUACCCCUAGCUAUGUUUGGACAGUAUACAGUCUAAGCAACAAGGUCCAGAGUGAAGCCUUGUGUCCCAUUCACUAAUGCUGACAGUGAAUGUUUAUACAGUGUUUAUUUAGAACCACUUCUGUUUUUUACUCUUGUUAGAAAUUUAGGAUUUAAUAGGAAAUGGGAUUGCUUCCCUUACCAAGAGUUAUGUUACCUGUUAAGAAGGGCUAAGCUAUGUACGAUCAGACGUCAGGCUUUCUUUGCUGCUGCUUCCUUGCACAUUAUUAUUGUUACCCCACAACCCGUUAUUAGAAAAUAUUAACAAAGGUAAAUGUUUCUGGAAUGAACUGCAAAACCUUUCUCGAUUCUGUUGCUUCUUACCUAGUCCUGUCAGUUAUAAUUUUUACUUGCUACUUACUUGCCCCUUUGGCUGCAGGAAUGAGCUGAAGGCAGCAUGGCAAAACAAGUUCUAUAAGGCUGGUCCGAGCUGUACAUACACAUUUUCUGUUAAACUAGUCAUCGAAACAAUCUAGAUUUUUAAUUGGUUUGUUUAGCAGUUGAGGAGCUGUUUAAGUUGUUGUGCCCAAUUUGCACUUUUGACAGCACAGAAAUCGGAAAAAGACAUCUGGUAUGUGAAGCUCAGCAUGGAUUAUAAUAAAACUUUAUUUGUAGACUGUUCUAUCUUCCCGAAUUAACUUCCCGUAUUUCUUCUCAAAGCUGUGAAGGAGAAAGGUGGCAUAGGGCGUGGUGUUUUGCUUAGACUGUUAUCUGCUCAUGCCACUUAUAGUAAAUUGGCCUUCCGUAAUCUGAUUUAUUCCAGAUAACUGGCACACAUGUACAGGGAGGUAAAGAAUUUCAGAAUAAAAUAUCCCAAGGGACAUACCUAGAUUGGGGAGAACUGUUCUCAACCAUGAUUUGGUAUAAUAAUUAUAAUAACCUUCCUAAUUUGUUGUAAGGUAUUCUGCAGCACUUUUAAAAACUAGUUUGAUAUUAUCUCACUAACUAAAGGUUCUACAUGUCUUGAAGAAUUGACUUACUGAGUAAAAGUGCUAUAAAAUGUGUCCUUACUGAUUUUUCCAAUGUCUUCCUCUUUGAGCUUGACUUCAUUGGUUAGUGAAGCGAACUAAGUCAUUCUUGUACUGUACACAACAGAUUACUUGUGGUUCUGAAGGGCACUAUUUUUCAGAAUGUUGUACUGAAUCAUAUGAGAUAUAUAUGUGUGUGUGUGUGUGUAAGUUCACUGAACAGAUGAAAAUGAAGUUGUGUUUAGUAAUGUUCUUUGAAAAUGAACCUUUUCUGUUCUCAGUACAGUUCAUUAAUUGAGACGUUUAGCAUUCAUUUACUUAAUACAAGAGAGUUCAUUUCAAAAGUCAUUAAAUUAAGUUUUUUGCUAGGUUCUGUAUGCCUUAGUGGCCCUGUUUCUAAUUGAGGUUUUGUAGUUUCUGUUCUGUUUGUAAAUUCUGUCAUGGUCUUUCUGUCUAAAUGGGUAGUAAUUGGAUCUCAGCAAAUCAGAUUUUCCAAAUGAAUUACUAGAGGCCAGGAAAAGUUAGAUGUGAAAACAUCAGGAGGGAACAGUUUGCUAGCUCCACUCCAAAUCCAGCGAAAUUGAUCUCCUCUUCAAAUGUUUUGAUUUCUUCCCAUAGACUUUCAUUCUGGUUGGAAAGGAAUAAAGUUGAUUUGAGAUCUUGA